AUGCGGAUUGUGGAGGUCAUCAUUGAUGGCUUUAAAUCGUAUGCGGUGCGAACUGUGAUUUCGGGAUGGGACGAAUCGUUUAACUCGAUCACGGGUCUUAAUGGCAGUGGAAAAUCUAACAUCCUUGAUUCGAUAUGUUUCGUACUCGGCAUCACCAAUAUGAGCACCGUCCGAGCUCAAAACCUCCAAGAUCUUAUAUACAAGCGCGGCCAAGCUGGCGUUACCAAAGCGAGUGUCACCAUAGUCUUCGACAAUCGUGACAAAACGAAGUCGCCAAUUGGGUUCGAGGAGUAUGCCAGCAUAUCUGUCACUCGGCAAAUUGUCCUGGGCGGAACAAGCAAAUACUUGAUUAAUGGGCAUAGAGCGCAGCAACAAACAGUGCAGAAUCUGUUUCAGAGCGUGCAGCUGAAUAUUAAUAACCCGAACUUUUUGAUUAUGCAAGGACGAAUUACAAAAGUCUUGAAUAUGAAACCUGUCGAGAUUUUGUCCAUGAUCGAAGAGGCGGCCGGUACAAGAAUGUUCGAAGAUAGAAAGGAGAAAGCGGGGAAAACGAUGGCAAAGAAGGAAAUGAAGGUUCGCGAAAUCGAAGGCUUGUUGAAAGAAGAGGUUGAGCCCAAAUUGGAGAAGCUCAGAGGCGAGAAGCGAGCGUUCCUUGAUUUUCAACAAACGCAAAGUGAUCUCGAGCGAUUGACAAGAUUAGUAGUCGCACACGACUAUUUACGAAAUGGUGAACGGCUACGAGUGGCAGCUGAAGAGCUGGAGAAGAAGAAACGCACAGUUGAAGAGUUGGAGAGCAAUACUGUUCGACUGAAAGGCGAAAUCGCGAAUCUGGAGGAAGAUGUAAGUAAGGUUAAAGCUACUCGCGAUAAGGAACUUCGCAAAGGAGGAAAAUUUCAAGCGCUGGAGGACGAAGUGAAAAAGCAGUCACAUGAAUUGGUGCGACUAUCUACGCAAUUCGACUUGAAAAAAUCCAGUAUGGCAGAAGAAUCGGAGAAACGCGGUAGUGCGGAAACAGCUGUGCGAGAGGUACAAGCCCUUCUGAAGGAAAAGAAGCAGGUCUACGAUAAGCUACAGGCCCAAUACGAUGCUGCAAAGCUAGAAUUUGACGAACAAACUGCAGACGUGGAGCAGAAGGAAGAACUUCUUCAAACUCUGCAGACGGGUGUAGCAUCGAAGGAAGGCGGGGAGGGUGGAUAUCAGGGCCAAUUACAAGAUGCACGAGACCGUGCAAGUACAGCCGUGACUGAACAGGAGCAGGCCAAGCUGAAAAUUUCUCAUUUGGAAAAGCGAAUAAAGGAAGAGGAGCCACGCGCAAAGAAAGCAAUGGAGCAGAAUUCAAGUUUGCUUCAGGACCUUGAAGGGCUACGAAAACAAGCCAAAAGACUAGAACAAGAUCUCACUAAGCAAGGGUUCGAGCCCGGGAAAGAGGAGCAGAUGUACCAGGAGGAAAUGUCCCUUCAGAAGGAUAUUCGUGAUCUACGUGGACAAGCCGAUUCUUUGAAGAGGAAGGUCGCAAACGUCGAUUUUACAUAUACUGAUCCAUACCCUAAUUUUCAACGAUCAAAGGUGAAAGGUCUAGUUGCUCAGUUAUUCACACUUGAUAAAGACAGGUUAGAUGCCGGUACUGCGCUUGAAAUUUGCGCCGGUGGACGCUUAUACAACGUUGUUGUGGACUCGUCGGAUACCGGCACUUCUCUACUCCAAAAUGGAAAACUCCGAAAACGAGUUACCAUUAUUCCAUUGAAUAAAAUUACUGCGUUUAAGGCUUCUGCAGAAAAGAUUGGCGCUGCGAAGGACCUUGCUCCCGGAAAAGUUGAUCUUGCUUUAUCCUUAAUCGGAUACGAUGAAGAGGUAGCGGCUGCGAUGCAGUAUGUGUUCGGCACGACUCUCGUCUGUCAUGACGCAGAUACCGCGAAAAAGGUUACCUUUGACCCGUUGGUACGUAUGAAGAGUGUAACUUUACAGGGGGAUGUAUAUGACCCCUCAGGCACAUUGUCUGGAGGCAGUGCACCAAACUCAAGUGGCGUGCUCCUUGUUUUGCAGAAACUCAAUGAAGUGAUGGCCGAACUGAAUCAUAAGGAACGGACACUUCGUAUCCUCCAGAACACCAUCGCAAAGGAGAAGAAAAACAUGGACAUUGCAAAGGCGACAAAGCAGGAAUUCGAUUUGAAGGUGCAUGAAAUCAAACUAACUGAAGAACAGAUCAAUGGAAACUCAUCAUCUUCGAUUAUACACGCCGUUGAAGAGAUGCGCGCGAAUAUUAAACAGCUUAGGACGGACAUUGAAGAUGCGAAAGCUCGUCACUCUGAAGCAAAUAAGGACAUUAAGAGGAUUGAAAAGGAUAUGUCCGAAUUUGAUAAUAACAAGGACAGCAAGCUGGCUGAACUGCAGUCGUCCCUAGAUACUUUAAAGAAAAAACUGGGGAAAAACUCGAUAUCUCUUAAAACACUGCAAAAAGAACUUCAGGCAUCAAGACUUGAUUCCGAACAAGCAGGCGGUGACUUAACAACGGCGGAGGAGCAGCUGGCAGACGCAGAAGCUGCUUUAAACGCCCAAAAGGAAGAAGUCGAGUGCAUACAGCGAGAACAGAAGCGCUGUAAAGAAGCUCAUGAUUUCGCUCAAGCGCAAUUAGAAGAUGAGCAGGCGAAAUUGACCCGCUUUGAUGACGAGCUCCGAGACCUUGAGGAAGCCAAACGCUCCAAAACGGCUAGGAUUACAGAAGAAGGGUUGGAGUUGCAAAAGCUAGGCCAUCAACUUGAAAAGCUUCAGAAAGAGCAGCACAAUGCUGCUCAGGCAGUUUCAAGCAUGGAAGGCGAAUACGACUGGAUCGAGGAGGAAAAGGAUAAUUUUGGAAGGCCAAAUACGCCUUAUGACUUUAAAGGUCAAAACAUUGCAGAGUGCAAAUCAUCACUCCGUAAUGUUACCGAACGCUUUCAGGGCAUGAAGAAGAAGAUCAACCCGAAGGUUAUGAAUAUGAUUGACAGCGUGGAAAAGAAAGAAGCAUCUCUGAAAAAUAUGAUGAAAACUGUCAUUAGGGAUAAGCGAAAAAUCGAAGAAACGAUUGUAACCUUGGACGAAUAUAAGAAAGAGGCCCUACAAAAGACUUGGACUAAAGUUAAUGGAGACUUUGGUCAAAUCUUUGCCGAGUUGCUACCAGGCAGCUUUGCUAAGUUGGACCCGCCUGAGGGCAAAGAGAUCACGGAUGGUUUGGAAGUCAAGGUUAGCCUAGGCAAGGUAUGGAAACAAAGCUUGACGGAAUUGAGUGGUGGCCAACGCUCUCUCAUUGCGCUUUCCCUAAUCAUGGCUCUUUUGCAAUUCAAGCCGGCGCCAAUGUACAUUUUAGACGAGGUCGAUGCCGCCUUGGACUUGUCGCACACGCAAAAUAUCGGCCGGCUGAUCAAGACACGGUUCAAAGGUUCACAGUUCAUUGUUGUUAGUUUGAAGGACGGAAUGUUCCAGAAUGCAAAUCGGAUCUUUAGAACAAGAUUUAGCGAGGGCACGAGCGUUGUCCAGGCAUUAACGCCUGCAGACCUGAAGUAA